GAGACGCCGCCCGGAGAUGCAGGGCAUGCAGGCUCUCAGGAGGAGCAGCAGAUCUUUCAGCACCUCGGACAGCAGCGUUGCGUCGGUCCACCUUUUAUCCGCACUCGCUACUGUAUGCUUAUCGUGAUCGGAGACAUUUCAACAGAUCAUCAGCUCGAUUCCGUCAAAGAACACAUUAAACGAGGCAUCUUGUCAUGGGACAUUGAUUUGACCAUUUGUGAUUUGAACAAGGAACUGAAGCUCUUUCAAGCAAGACACUCUGCCCAGUUCUCUUCAGAAGUGAAAGGACAAAGACUUCUGCAAUAUAAGAGUGAUAUCCUUGAGACUGUUGUGUUGGUGAAUCCUUCUGAGGAGAACAUUGCUAUAGAGAUCAGAACACUGGUCUGUGACUCAGCAGGCCACAAGUUAUUGGUCCUAAGUGGGCAAAGUACUGACCGGAGUGGUGACAUUAUCCUGCAAAGUGGAGCGUUUGGUUGGAAGAAUCUCUCUGACAUUCUCUCAAGUCGUAGGAUUAAAGAUCUCCUAAAUCAGCCAUACUCAGGCCAACAAGCCUGUUUAACUGUGUUCUGUAAAGGAGAGGGGGGCUGGAGCUCCCUAGGAUACGUACAGGAGCAGAGCAUACUGAAGUACAGACUGAACCCUGAGCCUGUGCUGCCUGAAAUGGAAGGUGUGAGUGAGUUCACAGAAUAUGUCUCUGAGACUGUGGAUGUUCCUUCUCCUUUUGAGCUCCUGGAGCCACCAACGUCAGGAGGUUUCCUCAAGCUGUCCAAGCCAUGCUGCUAUAUUUUUCCUGGAGGACGGGGAGACUCUGCUUUGUUUGCAGUCAAUGGGUUUAAUAUUUUGAUAGAUGGCGGAUCUGACAGAAAGUCUUGUUUUUGGAAGUUGGUCAGACAUCUGGAUAGGAUUGAUUCUGUUCUCCUAACACACAUAGGAGCAGAUAAUCUCCCUGGCAUAAAUGGACUGUUACAGAGAAAAAUUGCAGAGCAGGAGGAAGAGAAGAUCCAUGGUUUAAAUACCUACGGAGACUGGAUGAAAAAUCUCAUCUCACCAGAACUUGGUGUUGUGUUCUUUAAUGUUCCUGAGAAGCUAAAGAUGCCUGAAUCCACACUGAAAGCAAAGAGAAGCAUUGAAGAGGCAUCUCUCACAUUGCAGUACCUUCACAAACUUGGCAUCAAACCUGAGCCUCUAUACAGGGUUGUGAGCAACACAAUUGAGCCUUUAACACUCUUUCACAAGCUAGGCGUUGGCAAACUAGACAUGUAUAUUCUAAAUCCUCUCAAGGACAGUAAGGAGAUGCAAUUCUUCAUGCAGAAGUGGGCUGGUAACAGUAAAGCUAAGACGGGUAUUGUCUUGGCCAAUGGCAAAGAGGGUGAAAUUUCUGUCCCUUACCUUACAUCAGUAACAGCUCUGGUUGUGUGGGUACCUGCCAGCCCAACUGAAAAAAUCGUCAGAGUUCUGUUUCCUGGAAAUGCCCCACAAAACAAAAUAUUCGAGGGUUUGGAAAAGCUGCGGCAUCUCGAUUUCUUACGAUAUCCAGUAGCCACUCAAAAGGAUAUGUCGUCGGGAGCUCCGCCUCCACUGAUUAAACAAACUAAAAUGAAGCUGCGAACUGAUAGCAAAGAAAGUCUUAAAUCAUCUCCUAAAAUGUCCUCCACAACAAAAGCAAGCAAGAAAGAGGCAAAUGAAGAUAUUGAGUCAAAGAGUGAAUCUGUUAAGGAGAACAAAGCUGAAAAGAAAGAGAAAAAAAUGAAAGAGACCGUUAAAGCUCCCAAACCGCUGAAACCCAAGACAGCAUCACCUGAUUCACUUAAGCUUGAGAAAAAGAAGCUACAAAGAGAAAAAUCUCCUAAAAAGCAUGUAAAGGAGAAGGCAUCCAAGAUGGAGGAAAAGAAAGAUCUGGAAAAGAAAGACACAAAGAAAGAAAAGACGGAAGUAAAAAAAGAUGACAUACUUAAAAAGGAAAAAAAAGACAAAGUUAAGCCUGAACUGAAAAAAAUCACAAAACCUGAUCUGAAGCCCUUCACCCCUGAAGUCAGGAAGACUCUGAACAAAGCAAAGGUUCAAGUAAAGCCCAAAACAGAAAAAACAAAAGCUGCAAAGGAGCAGGAAAACAGGCCGGCUGCUAAGCAAGCUUCAGUGGAGAAACAGGAGAUAGACAGGUCCUUAGUCUCUUCCCCAGAGGAUCUUACCAAGGAUUUUGAAGCCUUGCGACUAGAAGAGGAACUGUCCAAGUCCAUAGAGAGCAAAAUUCUUCCAAAAGUCCAGUCUGCAGUGGACACAGUUGUCCCUCACAUUGAAUCUCCUGAUGAGGGAAUAAAUACAACUGAUGUUGAGACAGAAUCUCCUCUUGAGGAAAGAGUACCAUAUGGAGCAAACGCAAAUAAAUUCGCCUCUAAAAUCACAGACAGAUUUGAAGAUGAGGGUGCAGCUACAGAGUAUGACCACACCACAGGACUGAAAGGUGCUAAGACAUCUGACCUUGCCAGGAUGGGAGAAGAUGCAAUGAAACCCAAAAGAAGUGAUAGUGAAGAAGAUGAGGAUGUUAUUGAGAAGGCAGAGCUUGAAGAUGCAGAGGAUAUAGUACAUGAGGAGGAACUCAAGUAUAAAUCUGAUGAGUCAAGGAAAGAAAAACUUGGAAAGGACUGGGAGACAAAAAGUGAGAUUAAAUCUACCAAAUCUCUGGGUGCUGCAGAUCAUGUUUCUUUAAUCCAAGAUGAGACCAUUCCAGGUUACUCUGAGACAGAGCAGACUCUCUCUGAUGAGGAGAUUAAUGAGGAGACAGAAGAGCGAAUCCCACAUCUUCAAUAUGAUGUUGGUUCUUACGACAUCUCAGUUCCUGAUGAACCGGGGACAUUUGACACCAUCCAUGGCAUGAAACCACCAACCAUAUCUGUUGCUUCUGAGUUCUCAUCAAAGGGAUUUGCAGUAGACCAGGAGCCAGUGCUUUCAGCUUAUGCAACUAAUAUAGUUGCAGCUCCAUUGGCUGAAGAAGAGCACAUAUCAUCAGCUACCUCUAUCACUGAAUAUGACAAAUUAUCAUCCUUUGCCACAUCUGUUACUGAAGAUCAGUCUAUAGCAUCUGUGACAGCACCACCUACUGAAGAUGCAGGAAAAAGCUCUUUACUCUUAGAUACUAUAAAUAGUAUACCAUCAUCCAUACAGACAGAUGCUACUCAAGGAAAAGAGUACCUUCACUCUGCUGGAACUAUCUCUCCAACUUCUUCCUUAGAGGAGGAUAAGUGUUUUAAAUCACCUCCCUCAGAGGAAUAUCAACCUAUUGUGCCAGAAACAGAAACUACAGUGAAGGCUACUGCUCCCACAAAUUAUGAGGAUGAGGAAGAUGAGGAAGAGGAUGAGGAUCAGACACCAAAUGUCGAUAUGCCACUUGGAAAGAUCCAUGAGGGUUAUGCCUCUGCUGCCAUACUCCAAGACACUGAGAAGGCUUCUGAUAAGAUUCACUCAUCAAUGGCACCUAUUCCCCCUCCUGCAAUGUAUGUUGGCACACAAGAAAGAGAUGAAAAGGCAUCCUUUGAGCAUAAAUCUAAAUUGAGUUCUCCUGAGAAGAUUUUGUCUUUCUCACCAAAUUUACCUUGCACCUCAGAGGUGAACAUUACCUCGGAGAGUGAAGAAAGAUGCCUCAGUCCAGAUGACAGCACUGUGAGGUUCGCCUCACCUACACAAUCAGGACCAACCAGCGGUAGCUACUCUCCAACUGAGGAGAGGUCACAGAAGCCACUGACUGUGGAUAAAGAGGAAAAACUGGACAAGGAGACUGUUGACUCUUAUUUGACCAAAGAUGCUACUUCUGACAAAAAGUCUGUGAAAAUAAUUGAUGAUGAAGUGGACCCUUUUGUAAAGGAGUUCUCAAGCACCAAGACUGCAAAAUUUGACUUGGAAGAUGAGGAGGAGGAAGAUUAUUAUGGAAAGGAAACAUAUAAGGUGUGUGGUAAAACUAAAUAUAAAGAGGAAAGGGAGUGCACUUUUCUCGAUGAAGAAUAUUCCCAAGAGGCAAAACCUCUAAAAGAGGAGAAGCUGUUUGAAAAUAAGAAAGAAUCUGUGGAAAAGGAAUCAUUAAAUGAUAAACCACAAAACGUGACCUCCUUGGGCCAUGAACACAAAUCCCAGAUGCUUAGCUCAGGAGAGGAAGAUGAAAGCGAAACUGAGGAUGGUGUUUACUCAAGCAUAAAAGCACCACAGGGCAAGUUAGAUUCCAUGUCAGCAAGCCAAGGAAAAAAGGAUGUUUCAUUCUCAGAGACAGAUGACCAAAACGUUUCUAAAGACAGCGAUAAAAGUGUCCACUUCAACUUGUAUUCAUUUCCUGAGGGUGAGAAAGGCCUCAGAGGGGAAAUUGAGAGGGUGGUUAGGCAAGAUACACCAUAUGUUGGGAAAAGCUUUACAUACUCUGAUGUAUAUGACAGUAAAUCAAGUUCAGUAGAUUCCUACUCUCCAAAUCUACCAGUGGAGCACACUUUUGAUGAUACUGAUGUUACUCCAAAGAAAACAGAACAAGAGGAUUCCCUAGAUUCUUCCACUGUCAAAUUUUCUGAUCCUAAAGCAACAGAUGAAAAACAAACAUCAGAUUCAUAUAGUAAAACGCAAAGUACAUACAUGACACCACAGUUUAGGGAUUCAUCUGAAGCAACAUUCUCUGAGAAAAUAAAUAAAACUGAAGAAAGGACAUUUGAGAAAACCUCACCUAUUUCAGCAGAGAAAGACCCAUUGUCAGUUCAAUUUGAAAAGCCUGAUUUUACUGGUAUGACGGAGGUUAGUGCAUCACAGUCCACCCAUUAUGAAGCUGACAGGUUAAUCUCUGAUUACAGUGCUAAAAGUACAAGCUGUAGUUUAGGCCAAUCUACAUUUGGCACAAAAGAAGUAAUGGCUGGAGACAUGAAGAUGUUUGCUGAUGGAGAGGAUGAAGACGAAGAUGAAGAAGAAGAUGAAGAUGACGAGGAUGAGGAGUAUGGAGAGCAUGCAAGUGAUAGUGAUACAGAGAAAGGUGCCAAAGAGAAAGAUGCUGAAUACCCAAUGAAAAAAGUAAUCAGUCCCGUACCAACUCAGUUCCAGGAUGAAAAGAAAGACACCGUUACACACGACAACACUAGGAGCUUAGGCUCAGAGGAUUAUGGGAAAUCUUUAGGUUCGUCAACAUUUGACACUCAAAGCAAAGGUGCUGCCUCAUCUUAUCCUGUUGAAAGUCAUAUUAAAUGCUUUUCUGGAUUUGAACAUUCUUCAAGUGAGGAGAAAGAUGAGUUUGUAGAAAAUCAUGACAAAGUUGUCAAGUCAUAUUUACCCUUGUCAACGAAGACUGCUGAAGAUAAAUGCUCUCACUAUGAUGACAAAGAUCUUGAGUUUGACAAGCAACAGACAUCAGAUGCAGUAGAGAAAAAAACAGGGGACCCUGUAUCAUUGGGCUUGGGUUACACAACUAUGUCAGCCACAGCCUACUCUUCUUCCUCUUCUUACAGCCAUUCUUCAUCUGCUUCAGCAUCUCUGUCCACUAGCCGCCAAUUUGGGGAUGAGUUAGAGGCUCAAGCCUGUACUGGAUUCGAUUACUCAUCUUUCAAAGAUGAACAUUCACCAGUGAAUGAUUCACCCUUCUCUAGUUCCAGCGGUCAGGCUAAGGAUGGAUAUUUAGAAGUAUCAGAAAAGCUGACCCCUGCAACAACUACCGCUGAAUCAACAUCUAGCCUUGCAAGAUUCUCACCACUGUCACCCUUUGAGGAGAUCAAGCCUUUCCCUCCUCAUGCAGGUACUUGUGUAGUUGACAAGAAAGAAUCCACUUACACUGGAAGCAAUAUCUCAGAUCAGGGACUACAAAGUCAGUGCUUUUACAAGCCAGAGUGGGAUGAGGACUCAAGACUACAAGCUGAAUUAGGUGCAACUGGACCUUUCUCCUCAGUUCCUCCGGCCACACAGAAAGACACCUUGCCCAGAGAUCUAUGUGGUGCUUCAUCAACACUUGAAUUUGAAAAACAGUACUAUGAAGAGACUGAGAGUAGUGAAGAGGAGGAUGAUUAUAUGUAUGAAACUGAACAGGAUAAACUUCAGUACCAAAGAUCUCCAGUUACAGCUCAAGCAGACAAGAAAGAUGACACUUUUUCCUUAAGCGAGACACUAUCAAAAGACAUAUCUUCUAGUUUGGGAGGUGCUAUUUCAAACAUGCAUACCUCAUAUUCUCUUUCAUUCCCAGAACCCACAAAACCAGACACAACAAAUGGGCCUGCAGAAGUUAGCCUGACUGCAGCAGAAGCUUUUGGUGGAGCCUGCAAGGUGGAAACAAACUUGUCAAAAGUAGAGAUGAAAGGCCAAGAAUUUGACAUAAAGAAAAUUAGGAGCCCAAGUGAAUGGCAAAUGCAGCAGCCACGAGACAUAUAUCCAGGGGCGUCCCCACCCCAUUAUCGACAUGAGGAUGAAUAUGAUGAAGAAGAAGAGACAGAGCCAGAACACCCUGCCCGCCCUCUCUCUCUCUCAUCCACAGAGAAACCUUUCCAAUCCUCUUAUUACACAGACGAUCCAAACAAACACGAUGAUGACUCUGACUAUCCUUCAAAUGUUGGUGUCCGUCCACAUUCAUCAACUGCUUCCCCAGGCUAUUCCGCCUGUGAGAACAAGCAGAGGAGAGGAGACACAUCUCCAUCUUUUAUAAACCCAAGCUUAUGUCAACUUUCAAGCGAUGAAGAAAAUGAGGAACAAACAAGCCAAGCAUCAGAUCAACAGCAACCGGUGGGGAAGACAAGGUUCCACAAACAGCCUCAAGACUACUCUCACAGUCAUCAUUGCGAGGACAAUGAAUUGCAACACUUCUCCGGAGCCAUGGCUGCUGGAAUUAGUGCCAGUGGGGAGGACACCCCUCCAACCUCUAUCAGUGAGCCAUUGCAUUCACAGUCAGAUUCAGAUGUUCCACCAGGUACAGAGGAGUGCCCAUCGAUCACAGCAAAAGGAAAUGACUCUGAUGAUGAUGCAGAUUACCUGCCUGUAGAUAAAUCAUCUGGAGCUUAUGGGGGGAAGCAUUACUUAUCUAGAUCACCUGACAAAAAUCAUGAUCCCUUACCAUCACCAUUAAUGGACCCUGCUCCUUAUCCUCCUCACCCUGAUGCAUGUAUGGUUGAUCCUGAAGCUCUGUCAAGCUUAACAGACAAACCAAUCAAGAAAGAUACAAAAGCAAAGGGUUUACGUAAAUUAGGUAAAACAAAGUCCUCAUCUCCAGCGAGGAAGGCUGAUGCUAGGCGGAAGCGCUCCCCAUCAAAGGAGCCCUUUGCCCACACCACCUCUCUUAGAAAAAAGGACAUGGAGGAUGAUCUGUCAAGGUCAAGCCACAACACUGGCAAAGGCCUUGUCAAUGGCCUGAAGAAUACCGCAGGUUCAAAUUCUUCAAAAUUCAGCACAGCGGUGCCCCCUGGUCCUCCUAUCUAUGUGGAUCUGGCCUACAUUCCCAACCACUGCAGCGCUAAAAAUGUGGACCAGGAGUUUUUCAAACGUGUUCGCUCGGCAUAUUAUGUAGUGAGUGGAAAUGACUCUAGCAACGGAGAACCGAGUCGUAGUGUACUAGAUGCCUUGCUAGAGGGAAAGGCACAGUGGGGAUCCAAUUUACAGGUAACAUUGAUACCUACACAUGACACAGAAGUGACCCGCGAGUGGUAUCAGCAGACCCAUGAGAAGCAACAGGAGCUGAACAUCAUGGUCCUGGCCAGCAGCAGCACAGUUGUAAUGCAGGACGAGUCAUUCCCAGCCUGCAAAAUAGAGUUCUAAAUUCAACAUGGCUCCCAGGUCCACAUUUUUACUCUCAAAUGGUGCUGUAACUUUUGAGCUUCUGGUUAUUUGGCUGUGCCGCCUGACAUGGUGAACCCAGAUGUGACUUCGCAGUACCACAGAAAUAAACAAACACAUACAAGUUCCAGACUGCAGACUGCCAGAUCAAGUGACUAGAUCACUGAUCACAUUUUAUAUUCAAGAUUUGUAAGUGUCCGGAUGAUUCUUUUCUUUCUUUCUAUAUGUUUGAAAAAGAAAUAAACUAGUCAUGAUGUGCUGUGCAAAACAUCCUUUAGUUGCAAUGUUGAGUUUGCCAUCUCAAUAGCAUCAACACUUUUGAAAUAUAGCAUUCCAUUGAGCCUAGCUGUUUAUUGCAUGUGACCUUGAGUUUGAACUUGUAUGUAAUAGUUCAUAGUUAUAUGAAAUAAAGUACUAUUUUAAACAUAUUUAAAUGAUAAACGUCUCAACUGUACUGACAAGGCACAUAUAACCAGGCCGCGCUAUCAUUUCUAGCGUGCAGUGUUGUUAAAAAAUAUUUAUGUGUACUUUUCAUUUUUUUUUCCAUUACCUUUGCUUUCAGUUCUCUUUUUUAUGUGCAAUACUCUGUAUCUUUCUUUAAACUCUCUAAAUGAGUGUCUACAAAUAUGUUGUAGAAAGGUAAAGCUGAUAAACGCUAAUAAAUUAUGCUAAUGGAAAAUAU